AUGUCGGCAGAGGACGACAUUUUUGCAGAGGGCAUUUGUUCUGCUACAAUGGGUCAGAAUCAUAUUCCUUCUAAAUUCUCUUCGAUCAACCGUUCUUUGAAAAUCAUGGAUAUAAAGGGUGCCGUUGAUCAAAGUUGUCUGGUGUUUUUUUCGCCUGGACAUCAAUCAAGGACAUCUUGGCAUAUCGCAAACACGGCUAGUUCUCGUACCAAGGCCCUGGCUUCGGAGUUAUCUGCGGAUGCGGUUUUUCGGGACAAUCUCGUGAAAGAAUUGAGAGAAAUAUUUUCAACUUCCCAGUUGGAAUUUGACUGCAAUAUUUUGUUGUCGCCAUUGCUUACAAAGGAUUCAUCUAUCAGUGAUGAAUUGGAUGACUUGAUAAACGAAGAAGACCAAUCCGAUGUUCUGAUGUUAUUCGGAUCACCUGCCUCGGCAUUUCAACUUUUUCUUUCUGUUCCUUGUCUUCAGCCAGCAUUGCUUGAUCUUCUUUUGGAGGUUGUUUUAAGUGGGUCCAACUACUCUCUUCAGCUUAUUUCACAGCUGCUGCGGCCUGUCGGAAUCAGUACAUUCUUCACAACAUUUACCAGUCUUGAAGAAGUCGUUGGCAGACUCAUUGAGCUAAUCAAGUCCGUGGAUGGACAAACAACAAAAACUCAUAUUUUGCAAGUUUUGCCUGAGCUAUUAGCGUCACCCGUUGAAAAUCCUCAAACGGACUUGAAUUCAGAAGUUGUUUCGAAUACCAUCCAAAAGAUUAUCGAACUUCUGGACUACGCAAUUUUUUCGAGAAGCGAGGACCAGGCGAAUCACACCUUAGUUACAGAAAUCAUAGAAUGUGCUAAUCACUUUCCUUUGGAGGGGUUCUCUCUGAAUCGCUUAAAAGACGCCUGUAAGGACGUAAUCAUUCGCUCGGCUGGAAAACUGUCUAAUCGGAAGUGCAUCGCAGAUGUCAUUCGCAGUUUAUUUGCGAGUGAGUUGAAAAAAUGCUUCUCCUUGGAGGAGAUUUGUGAGUUCGUUUCGCUUUUGCGCAGUAAAAUGCGACUCUCAGAAAUAACGAUCAAGUCGGAUCAAGAAAUUUUAUUGUUUCUUGAUACACUCUCUCUUGUUUUUCGGUCCAACAGUCAGCUAAAACUUGAGUGGCUUUCUUACCUUCAUCGUGGCUACUCUAAUGGUGGUGUGGACUGUGGCCUAUUAAUUGACGAUCUUCUCAUUCUCCUAUUGGUUUACGAUUCUGAGAUGGCUUUGGGGGGUAAAUUUGGCAGUGCCACCCUCAAUAAACGGAAAGAAUACUCCCUUAUCCUCAAGACGUUUAAUUUUGUUGCUGAAAGAAUCACUAAUCGUGAGAUUCAUGAAUCCUUCUCUAAAUACUCUGCGAUAUUCCAACACAAGCAGCUCUGCGGCCCACUGUUGACACUUACGAACCACUUAAUGAAGACGUGUCAAUCCCCUUCCUCGUUACCCGGAACAGAGCAGCCGAAACGGGUUAUAACGGACCUUUGUAAAAACAUUUACUCUUCGCUUACAAGUGUUAGCAUAUUUGAGAAGAAACGGAUGGUUAGAAACAGUAAACUAACCAUCAAUCUUCUACUUCAAUUAUCCACUAUGUUUGCUGAAAAGAUGUCGCCCUUUUAUGACCAGUUACUUGGCCUCCUCGAGGAGGUCUCAAAGCGGGCUGAAGAAUCACCUCCUGACCUCAUCGAUAUCCGGAAGCUCUUCGCGAUACCCGCAAAAAUUGCCUUCGGGGGAACAGGGGAGACGUAUCUGCAAGACGACUUACUCAUUAGUAUUCGUCGACUUCUGUUGAAUUGUUCGAGUAAACUGAGGGCUAUUGGAUUGAUUGGUGCUGUGACUGUCCUUGAGAUGCUCUGUAAGCGACUGAGAAGGUCGAAAUCCCUUGGUCCUGUGAACAGCACGCCGUGUUCACAAGCCGAGGUUAUGGAGUGCUCUCAAAGCAGCGUUCUCGCCAGCCAAGUCGCGAUACCUUUGGCCUCCCAGACUACUGCUUCACAGAACACCACCUCCCGCUCCAGUCACAGUCACCUUAGCCUCAAGGGUCCAGGCACGAGUCUGGCCGACGAUUCUGAGGAGGUCAAUCUACCCGCAGAUUCAGUAGACCUGGACAGUGACCCCAAGAGUGCCUCCAGUUAUCUGGCCUUCCUUCCCCAACCUUCGCGUCUCAUGCUUCAACUUGUGGGAUUGGUUGAGAAUGCUCUGAGACGCAGUUCUCUACUCUUUUCUCAGCUAAAGGUCUUCUGGUAUGACGAACUUGCAACGAUGUUCGCUAGACUAGAGGCGGGAUGCCAACGUCCUUUGUUAUCUCCUGAGAGUGAAAUGAAGCGUUUCAUUGACUGGAUGGGGAGUCGUGUAAUGCGGGAGUUUCAAGAAGAAUUCGUUGUGGACAAUGCUGGCAACAGAGACUGCACUAUACAGCUGGGUUUAAACGACGCCGAGAUUUGCGAGAUCGCACUCAACCUCGGACCGACUUUCGCCCGCCACACUGAAGCCACCGUGGCACUGGCUGCCCGACCACCGCUCUCCUCGGUGGCACAUGAACAUAUCACUCGCAAGCCCUCUGCUGCCAACGCACCUUUCAACAGAUCAGCUCCGGCCUCCCCGGCUCUUGUGCCUGCGCACCUCCGACUACUUGCAGUGGUAGAGACGUUCAAAUCUAACCGGUGCUUAGAUUCUAUGAACGCUCUUCUGGGCUGUCCAAUCCUUCUUCCCACUGUUUCGUUGAACGAUCUUCCGCCUUCUAUUAUCAUCAUUAUUAUCAACUGUUGCAUCGAGGCGGUGAACACCUUCGCCGAGGCAAUCGUUUUCCCGUCCUCUAGACAUUCACACCCUCGUCGUCUGCUAAGUCAUCCUCUUGCCUCUACUCUGAUCUGUCGUCUUAUCCAAAUCGCCAGUCUGCGGUGCUGCUUGCACGCAGUGCUACUUCGCAGAGUCAAGAACGCGGCUCUAACGGCGUCAGCGGCGGAGGUGCCGAGUCCAAUCUACGAGGCCAUUGACACCAUGACCUUUGAUCCUACUUUCGUGUAUGUUGCAGCCGGUCAUCCGAUUAGCGCCAAGCGCUUCCCUAUUUUUAUGCCUUCUGGAGGAAAGAAAUCGACCGUAAGUAAAUGCCGAAAAAGACCCUCUCGAGAAGCGAAAGGCCGACCACGGAAGCGCGUCUGCACAAAAUCUCUUCUUGAUGCGACUGAACACGAUGAGAAUGAGGACGGUGGUGCUGCUACUGUUUACGAUGAAGACGAAGAAGAGGAGGAAAAUGGUGAAGGUGCAAAUCCCACCACGAUGGGUUUGGAAGGUGGUGAGGUGUUGGAACAAACUGCGGCUGUGAAUCGAUUGGCCGGUGUGAAUGGAAGUGGGAAGUCGAAUGCUCUGUUAAGUGAUAAGGGCGAGAAACGCCUGGUGUCGGACAUAGCCGUAGGCAGGAGGAGUAGUCCACGGCGCUGUUACCAAUUCGAUGAUCGUGCCAUUACUGAGGACUUCAUAAAGUAUGCGAGCCUACACAUGCCCACUAAUCUUGGUUGUCGCACUGGUCCCCUUCUGCCUUCUCUGACAGUUUGUUUUCGAGAGCUUGACCUCUCCACGAUUCUCCUCGGUCUUCAAAGUCCACUUCAACAACCUGCCGAUUUCUGCUGGACUGAUGAGUCAUCUCUCCCUGACUCACCUGUAGACGCAGCCGUGGAUGUUAUUUACGAUGUUUCGGGAGUGAAACACUUCGGCAGAAAGAAGUCUCCAGAUACACCGCUAAAUUGGAUCACUGUCUGCUACUUGUUGAAUGAACUCAAGUUGAAAGUGGAUCAUGUAUUUGGAGUGGAUCUAAAAUCAUCAGCUGGUUGGUACGCCUUCGAACGCCUUGAUGCGAUGUCACCUCAGCUGCGUCAUUCCUACCUUCUGGCAGUUGUUCCCCGCCUCGUUAGGAUUGUGAACUCUCUGACUCGACAUUUCAAAGAAUGCCGUGAUGAGGAUUGUGAGAACGAUCCCUUCGGUCUGAGUCGCCUCAGUUUUACUCCCUCCACUCGCAUCCUUGCUGAUUGUCUCUCCACUUCGCUCUACUGUAUCACCGCUCUCUCGACCGGUAUCUUGCCCGUUGUGAGUGCUCUACGCUCCCCGGACACCCUACUUUCCAAAACCUCCCCUCCAUCAGACGCCACCUGCCUGUCUCGUCUCAGGCGUUUGGCGCAGUGUUUGGACAAUCUUGACGUCUCGGAGUCCUCCCUCUUCGAUAGCUAUCACCUUCCAACUGUCUCCAUGCUGGAAGAUGAUGUCCUAGGUCUUGCAACUGAUCCAUCCAACCAACCAGAGGCUGAAAAUGAAAAACCCAGCGCCGCUGAAGUUCUUCGCAUCAUUCAAUGGCUGAUGGAUUUCUCUCCUCAAGGUCUAGCUCACACUCCCUCUGCUUUCAUCCACGCCUGUUUCGUUCUCUCCCUUGCGCGCCAUCUGAACAUCCACGUACCUGCAACUGAGUCUGCCAUCAACGAGCAUUCAAAUCUGCUCGAUUACACGCAUUCCCUCAUGAGCAUGGCUUGGGAAACGACAGCUGGUUGGAAAGCUUGCUCUCACAAGGACUGUCUGGGCACCCUCAUCGCCUUGCACCUCUAUUCGCCAUUCUUUGGCCCUUCACCAAGUCCCCUGAAUGAGUGCCUGGAGGUGCUUAUCAAUCUCAUCAAAUUCAACCUUCUGCCCCUUCUCCAGGGCCGGGGUCGUGACAACGGCGAUAUCACUCGACAAGGUCGCCUCUGCUACAGCGGUCUUACAACUCAGAGUUCUGGCCUGUAUGGGAGGAAGGUGUUGGAGGCUUUUUGUUUCUGCGUUCGAAAACUGGCAAAGAAGACAAUCGCAACUGCGGGUAGUCGAAGUGUGGACCUUUUGAACCAAUGGAGUGCUUGUUUGGGAGUCCUCGUUUGUAUCACCGAAGCGACCAAAAGCGACACUCCGAGUCGAGCCUUCUUCGACCUCCUGCCGUAUCUAAUGCGUGCUGGACGAAUGUUUGUGGAGCAUCUGCUUCGGGGGGCUAUGCCCUUCCUGAAUGCCAUGUUCCGAAGUCAUGGUUCAGAAGUGUUGAAAUUCCUUCGAAGUGUUCAACAGGUGACUCGCUUCCUUCAACGUAUCUGCGUUCAUGCCAAGACUAGACGAGAGGCCCGCCUCACUCCACUGAUUCCACAGACACGCAAGUGUCUGGAGGCCUUUGUCUACAGUGUCAAGGCCUACAUUGGUGAUGAUGUGGCGGCGAGGGAAGGGUGCUUUUUGUGUAUGCCCCGUUGCGUGAAGACUCGACACAGAAGGGCUGCUAAAGCCACAAACACCUCUAAUCCUAAAUCAUCCAUCAUGAUCGGUGACGAGUCUCGUACAGUCACCACCAUCACUUCUAUCGAGAUGCACCCACGCGGAUUGAUACUCUUACUAGCUCAAAACCACUGUGCUGAUGCCUUCUGGCUAGGAAAUCUGAAAAAUCGCGACCUCGCAGGUCAGGAGAUUCACGAUACAGACGUGUCAACGAGACAUUCCAGUGGAACUACCCUCUCUACUGCAUCGCCGCAUUCGUCUCGUGGAGGUAAUUCCAAAGACAGCUCCUACACUGUAGAAGGCGCCGAGGAUUUGAUUUCAGAAGACGAAUCCGAAGUGGAGGAAGAGGAAUUGCCCAUCGAGGAUAGCGAGGAGGAGGACAAGGACGAAAAUUAA